AUGGCUAGUCACCGUCGAUCGCCAGGAGAUCGUGGGGCGUCUGUUGAAGCUAUCGAAGCAUUGUCUGGUUUCAUUAACACGGACACACUACUGGAUCUAGCGUCACGAUUCUCGGCGACAUACACCGACCUUGCACUCAGAUCAACGGAACAUUUUCUUGUCACGCCCGUGACGGCCUUACCGACUGGAAAAGAGAAGGGAAAGUUCCUGAGUAUCGAUGUUGGCGGCACUAAUCUUCGCGUGGGCUUGAUAGAGCUGGUUGGAGACCUGGAUGACCACUUGAAUGGGCGGCGUGAAGAAGACGACAGGGACAAUGUCUUUGCGAAAGUUAAGAGGAGUCAUGACAGGAAUUGGUCAAUCGAGGAGCACCUGAAGAUGGACAACGCUGAAGACUUAUUCGCAUGGAUCGGAGAUUGUAUUGCCGAAGUUUUGAUUGAAGCCAUCGAAGCGAAUAGAGCAGCUUCUGCAUUAGAGGCGCUAUUCGGUGAUGAGAUCUUGUUGGGCGUUACAUUCAGUUUUCCCAUGGCACAAACAAGCCUCUCAGAGGCCACAUUACUGCCCAUGGGGAAAGGCUUUGCCAUCACAUCAGACCUCAACCUUGGUAAAAUGCUUCUUGCCGGGUAUGCGCGACAUUGCGCGGAAACGCAUACCAACGGUCAUUUGGAAAGUGAUCAUGCGAGCAAAAAACGUUCUCCGCUCCCGAGGAUAAAGGUUGCCGCCAUCACCAACGACACAGUAGCCACUUUUGCAUCAUUAGCGUAUGCAGUAAAAGCAGCACCAAACAGUCGAGUCGCGAUGGGACUCAUCGUUGGAACAGGCACAAACGCCACAGUACCGAUGAAGUUGGACAGCCUGCUUCCUGCGAAAAGGAAAGAUCUGCCGGACCCUGAUGCAGUAGACAUGGUUGUCGUUAAUACGGAGUGGACGAUACGUGGAACAGACAAACCGCUGGUGGAACUGGGCAUCAAAACUCUAUGGGAUUUAGCACUCGAUGCGAGCAGCGAUGCGCCGGGCUUCCAACCAUUCGAAUACAUGACUGCUGGCCGCUACCUGGGCGAGAUCGUCAGAUUGGUAUAUCUAGACGUCGCACCAGAAGCAGACAUACCUCCCCGCCUCCGAGACAGGAAUGCUUUACCAACGAGAUUUCUGUCAGAAGUGGUGGCACGAUUAGAGCUCGAAGACGUGGCUAAAAGGCUCGAAAAGGAAUACCCCGCAUCAUCAUCAGCGUUCUGGACACUGGAGAGAGUCGAACUACUACGAAUCAUAGCAUACUCCGUCCAACAACGAUCCUCAGCGCUCAUCGCCGCAGCAUGUAUAGGCCUGCUCGACUGCGUAGGAGACAUACACAUCGACGGGGCACAAGAAGCGACCAACGGCUCCGCCCUUGCUGGAACUUCAAAUACCGAAGAGCUGGUGAUUGCAUAUGCAGGAGGCACCAUCUCGCAAUACCCACAAUGGCUUCAAACCUGUCAAUAUUGGAUAGAUAUACUCGUCAAGAAAGGAUCGAGGGCAAAUGCGGAUAAGCGAGUGGUUCUUAGAGAAGCUCUAGACGGUGGAAUUAUUGGAGCGGGUGUGCUGGCGGGUAUGGCUAAUGAGAUUGUAUGA